CGUCCUCCACAUUUACCGGUAACGUUAUAAGCCGGUUAAAGCUCCGUCAUGUCCAGCACGCGGCUGCUCAGACUGCGGGUCAACGAGCGACUGGAAGCGGCCGUGGAGGAGAUCUUUGGACUCGUUGAGAAGACGAUAGAGGAGUACGAGGAAGGAGCUGUCCGCUCCAAGAGAGAAAUCCUCCAGCUGAAGCAGCAGAUCGAGCAGCUGACCGUUUUAAAGCCGGAAGUCAUGUUAAACCGAGCAGACUCCGAGCCGGUCUCUGAGGAACUGGCUCGUUCAUUGCAGCUACGUGACAUUAAGAUGGAAAAGAUUCUGGUUCUGGAGGAAACGGAGAUCCAGGAGCACCCACAGAUCAAAGAGGAGCAGGUGGAGAGGUGCAUCAGUCCAGACAUGGAGGCUGAUACUUCCAACGAGGAUGAAGUCGGACAUCCUGAUUCAGAACCAGAUACCAACUGUGAGCUGCUCCCGCCUUCAACGGCUGAGACUGUGAGCGAAGGCAUCGACGACGAAUGGAACGAGAGAGGUGGUUCUUCCUCGUCCCGUCAGAGUCGCAGCGUCGAGGUCUUUGUGGGACUGGAGCAGCCUCCGAGAGGAGACAAGUCUUGCCGUUUUUGUGGCAAGAAUUUUAGGAAGGACUCUUUUCUUAUCAGACAUGUAGCCAAGAGCCACAAAGGCCACAAAGCCUUUAAAUGCCUGGAGUGCAAGAAGGAGUUUGAACAAAGGUACCAUGUAAUUCAGCAUGCGAGGAUUCACACCGGUGAAAAGCCCUUCAGCUGUGAUUACUGUGACAAAACAUUCGCUCAGAACUCGAGUCGUAUUGUCCACAUGAGGGUCCACACUGGAGAGAAACCAUAUUUUUGUAAUAAAUGCAGCAAGAGUUUUGCCAUCAGCAGCCACUUGAGGUUUUGCAGAGGGACACAAAACAAAAGCACGAGCGAUUUUCACUGCUUAACAUGUGGCCGAUAUUUCCAGACGGAUUCGAGCCUGAAGGUGCACAUGGAGGUCCACGAGUCAUGGAAACGGCACAUGAGUGAGAAACUGCAAGGACCGGAGUUAGAAGAGGAAAACCCUUAAAGAUGUGAGAGAAACGUCAGAAUGAGACACAAAUGUUCAUAAAAUGUACAAUCAUGUAUUCUACCAGUUUUUGUUUCAGCUACAAUCUCUCAUGAAAGCAAUGUAUUUGUUAAUUAGUUGAAAUGUAGCUGAAUAAGUUAUUGAGUUAUUAAUUUCUGGGCUGUCAGUUUUGAUUUGAGCAAUUAAUUAUGAGCAAAUUGCUAUUUUAUGUGCUGUUUGUGGUUAAGAAAUAAAUCAAAUGACCUAC